ACGACACAGAUCCAAUCAGGAGUUCCUUCCCACUCGCCAGUUUGUAUGCCGCAAUCUGCACCUACAAGCCCUCACCUCGACUCCAUAUGUAUUUCGACCGAGCCUAGGUUUCCUCUCAUAUGGAACCCGGUAUUGGUUUCUCUGUCUUCCCUUAGCACUGAUGGGUCUUUUCCCGUGGUAUACUGAACACUCGCCGGAUCGGGUGAUUCCUUGGACCUCCGAGUUUCCUGACGACGUCUAUUCCCUCGGUGACGUCCUCGGUAAAGGCUCAUUCGGUUCAGUGUUCGAGUGCGUGGAGAAGAAAACAGGUCAAUGUUUAGCCUGUAAAGUGAUUCUGAAGAAUUUGAUCAGGAAUGAGGAGGACAAGUGGGAAUUACGACGGGAAAUGCAGAUUAUGCGGGAAUUAGGGUGCCAUUGCAACAUCGUUUCCCUGCAAAGAGUUUACGAGGACCCUUCAGCGAUAUAUUUCGUGAUGGAGAGGUGCUCAGGUGGCGAUCUCUUGGGUUACAUCAGCAGAAGAGGUCAGGUUCCUGAAGUCGAAGCUGCGAAGAUUUUUCGUCAAUUGGUAACGGCGGUGGCGUUUUGCCACGAGCACGGCGUGGUUCAUCGCGAUCUGAAGCCUGACAACGUCCUGAUUACACGUCAGCAAUCAGAGCCUUCACCUCCUGCCGAUCCGUCGUCUGAUGACCUCAGUACUUUGAAGGAACCACUGAGUUCUGUCUUUGCGGCAUUUUUUCAUUCAUCGGAUCAAUCAUGUAAAUCUCCAGUUGCCAAUGCAGAAUCUGGGGCCGUUCAAAGUUCUCUCCAAGUUAAGCUGACAGAUUUUGGCCAGGCUGUGACAUGUAGAAGGGAGGGCUUCAUCGGUGGAGCGGCAGGAAGCCUGCCCUACACGGCUCCUGAACUGCUGUGCAGAUUGAAAUACAACGAGAAGGUGGACGUGUGGAGCUUGGGGGUAAUCCUCUACACUAUGCUCGCAGGAAGAUGGCCAUUUUAUUCGUCAAAGAGGAGCAUUAUGAAGAAGUUAAUUUGUGCUGGACAGCUGGACGUGGUUUCUGGGCCCUGGCAUUCAAUCUCUGCUGAAGCGGAAGGCCUGGUCAAGAGAAUGUUGGCUGUGAAUCCAUCCCACCGACCAUCCUGUAGAGAGCUGCUUCAGCAUCCAUGGCUCAGAUGACCUCCUACAUGAACGAGAUGGUAGACUAUUGAAGGCAGUGUUCAGCAUGUAGUGCAUA